GAGGCUAGAGUGUAGAUGCUUGAGGUGAUCUUAAAUACUGCAGAGGUGAAGGUUGAUUGGAGCAUGAGCUGCAGGUGAGGAGUGGGUGGAUCCAAAGACGAGGGUGGUGCCAGAUUCUCCGCCCAGCUCCAUACACACAAGACACAGAGGGCAGAAGACGGCACAAGGGGAAAAAACAGGAAUCCUGACUGUAUCCUCCAAUAUUCACUGCAACUUUAAAUGUGGAUGUGGCCUUGAGUUUCUAAUAAGACUGCAGCUGUGAAUGUGAAUUUUCUCUGUCCAGUGAACAAUGGCUUCUCCACUCCAGUGCCUGGUCCAUGAUGACGAACGAUACCAAAAAGCUUUCCAGCUGUUUUUGGACUGCUCCUCUGAACAUGAGUCCAUGAGAGACUUCAUCCGCAACACACUGCCCGACAUGAUGUCCAGUGUUGGCAACGGGAAGUCACAGAUAAAUGUCAUUGGAGUUGGGAGUGGGGCAGGUAAGAUUGACCUGGAGAUGAUCUCUCAGCUGCGUUUGAAGCACCCAGGGGUGCUGGUGGAUAACGAGGUAGUGGAGCCCAAUAGCCAGCAGCUCCAUAACUACAAAGUGAUGGUCAACCAGAAGUCGGAUUUAGGUUACAUCAAGUUCACAUGGAACAAAAUGACAGCCUCUGAGUUUGAGGAGCAUUGGAGACAGAACAAUAUCACCAAGAAGGCUGACUUCAUCCACAUGAUCCAGGUGCUGUACUAUGUCAAAGAUCCUGGAGCCACCAUCAGUUUCUUUCAGAGCCUCCUUGACAAAAAUGGAAAGCUGCUGAUUCUUUUAGCGUCAGGUGACAGUGGCUGGGCGAACCUGGGGAAAACCUUCCGCAGUCAGCUGUGCAACACUGAGAUCAGUCAGUGUGUGUCCACUGCAGACAUCAAGAGCCUGCUGGACGCCCGCAGAGUCCCCUAUAAGAGCUACGAGCUGCAGUCUCACAUGGACAUCACUGAAUGUUUCACUGACGGAGACGAGACCGGAGAGCUGAUGUUGGACUUUCUCACUGAGGUCCUGCACUUCAGUAAAACCGCCUCACCUGAGCUCAGACAGGGGGUGCUGAGGCUGCUGAGAGACCCCCAGUGCAGUGUAGAGAAAGAGGGGAGGGUCCUGUUUAAUAAUGACCAAGGAAUCAUAGUUCUGGAUGCACUCUGUUAGAAAGGCCAUACUGAUGUCUGUGUGGUACCAGAACAAAUCUAUCAAACCAAUUACACAUAUAAAUAAUAAAAAAUGUUGUUAGCACAACACUGUGCCACUAGUUAUAGCUGGCUCAAAUGUUGUGGAUCUCCUGCCGCCCUCUUCACUCUGUACCGGUAGUUUUCUGUGUUUGUUUCAUCUGCAUUUAAAGUCUUUAGUCUUGCAUUAUAAAAGCAUGUGCUAAAAGCUCCAAGUGCAUCAAUGACAUGAACAAACAACACACAAUAGACAAUCAUUACAGACAACAUUAUGGCACUGUGGAAAAAAAAGAAAAGGUUAAGUAGCUAAAAUAUUAACGCACUACAUUAAAGUUCAAAUGCAUUGUCCGAGCUUAUAACUGUUGUCUGCUGUUUCUUACAAAGUCAUUUGUUUUGGUCCGGCUGGUCAAAAUGCAAUGUAUAGUAGCUUUCAUUUAGAUAGACUAGCCUUUUAAAACAACUUCAUUGUAUGGGCCAUUUAAACGGAUCUG